AUGAGGGAUUCUGAACGAAGUCAAACCCAAGGUAACAAGCAGUGGUCGCACUCUCUACAAGUGUUACUUCAGAGAACACCACCACCACAAGCCACAGGGUCGGACGAAGAAGCUACUGGUGAAUACAGCCCAGCACCGCUACAUCAUAUCCAUGACCAGCACAAUGAGGGAUUCUACUCAAGAUCAUUCAAGCGACAGCGACGCUGUUCAAGCGUUUCAACUUCAGAAAGCGCAGAAUUGGAUUCUAGACGCCUUCUCAUGAAGCGACAGCGUAUUCAUGCAAACGGAGGGAGAUUGAAACGCAUUGCGUCGACAAAACUUCCACUUGAAAUAAUAUCACAAAACGAUUCCACAGUGAACCUUUCGGUCAAGGUCGAGGUUCAAAUGUGCGAGCUACAAGCUGCUGCUCUUGAGUUCACGAACUCUGGUCGAGCUACGAAGCCAGACCUGGCCCUGCAGUUCAGGAACAUGGACGAGGUUGAAGUGGUUGACAGGCGAUUGAGGCGAGUUACGGAGUCGUGGCUGAAAGGAAACCCAUCUGUCACGGUGGAGUACAUACUUCGAUCUGAAGUGAAAGGCAAAUCGAAGGCGUAA